AUGGCAUCCAUGGCUGUAGCGUCAGCGGCAGCACCGGCGUCAGAAGCGGCGAUGAGCUGUGCAGCCGCGAUGCAGCCUUCCACUGAGGCUCUCUCUUAUCGGAUCGGAGGCAUGCUGGGCAUCCUCGUUAGUAGCAUCAUCGGCUUCUCCCUGCCAUUCCUGCUGCGCGGCCGUCACAAGACGCUGCUCUUCUUCUUCCGCGCCAUGGCUGCUGGCAUCGUGCUCGCCGUUGCCAUCGUGCACAUCUUCCCAGGCGCACAGGAGGCCCUUUCGAACCCAUGCCUCGACUUGUCCUCCUCGUCCUUCCCCUGGGCCCCGGUCUUCAUCCUCUUCUCAGCGCUUUUCUCCUUCCUCGUGGAGUGCUACCUCAAGAAGAUCCUCCUCCUCUCCUGGCGCCGCAAACACCCCUCCGCUGCUGCUACAUCUGCUGCUGAUUCUGUUGUUUCUGCUGGUUCUGCUGGUGGGAGCAGGAGUGGCGGUAAGAAGCGGAGGCUGGGUGCGGGGGUGGCGUACACGCUAGAGAUGGGCAUCAUCUUUCACUCCAUCUUCAUUGGCAUUGCGCUUGGUGCGAAUCACGACAGCGCCGAGAUCAAGGGGCUUGCGAUCGCCCUCGUCUUCCACCAGGGCUUCGAGGGCAUAAGUCUCGGUACAGCCGUCGCCCCAUGCCGCUUCUCGCUGCUCAAGACUCUUUGCAUGGGGCUGCUUUUCGCAUUCACCACACCUCUGGGAGUGGCUAUAGGGCUGGCCGUCCAUUCGUCCUAUAACUCCAACAGCCAGGCUGCUCUUGCGACUGAGGGCGCGUUCAAUGCCGUGUCGGCCGGCAUCCUCAUUUACAACGGACUCGUUGACUUGUUAGUGCCGACGUUCGACGAGCACGACGAGAACACCCCGAAGGAUCCAGUUGCGAGCAAGUUUUUAGCGUCGACGGUUCUUAAAAGUGAAAAUGGGGAGCGGCGCGGGCCGAGGGAGGAAAGGCGGACCGACGGGUCGUCGACACUUUUCGACGGUCGAGGAAAUGAAGUCAGGCACGUCAUCCGAGCCUAA